AUGCAGGCAGGCGAGAUUGAAAAUGAGUCUUCAAGACACGAAAACGACGACGAUGACACGGAGUCAAUUUGGCACGCCCACUUUGCUUCCGUGUCGGAAAAACAACUGCCAGCAAAAUGCAAGCCGGAUACUCUGACCUACUGUCCCACUAUGGACUUGGUGGCGCUCGCGACGGAAGACGAGCAGGUUCAUGUAUUCCGGCUAAACGGGCAAAAAGUAUUCGGUGGGUUUGCGCGUGGUGGCGGAGCGGCAGCAGAUGGGCUCAAGGUCAAAUCUUUGAAGUGGAAAGGGAAUGGACAUCUUCUCGCCGUUGCUACUUCUGAUAACAACGUCCGCAUCUUAAGCGCAUAUAGUGGAAAGACGGUGCAUGUUUUACCAUGUAAUGCAUCUCUGGAAUAUGGCGUCGGUGUACGGCCACGAGAGCCUGUUCCAAAUGUAGCGCCGUCUAUUUGCUGCCUAGGUUGGGGAGUUAACUUAACGGACGGGAAGUCGGUCGCGAAGGCUGCUCAAGAGACCCAAGGGCGGUUGGCUGUUGAAGAUAUCCUUACACCCGAAACGCCGUUAUCAAAGCUCGCAUAUAUCAAGGCAGAUUUACCGCGUGAGCUUGCCCUAUUGGAUAUCGAUCGUUCAUUGCCGAAACUGAGUACAUUACCGUCGACGGCCCGACGAUUGAGUCGAUUAGAUACAGACUCGGACUCGGUUGAUGUAUUACUUGCAGGAUUUGACGAUGGAGCCGUCCAUAUAAGGAUUUUUGAUUCCUUUGAGAUCGGCUCUAUCCACGUCCAGCAGCCGCUUGAUAGCUGCGAGGGUAGUCGAGCGCUAGUGCAUGCUUCGCAUCCAAUGAGUUCAACACAUGCAUUUUUGUUCAGAGGGAUGUCAGGGGACACAGAGCGCCUAUGGAUCUUUUCGUUGGACCUCCUAUUUAUCACUAAGUCUGGAAGGUAUCUGUCGGUGCUGGCCUCUAAAGUGACACAGUUGCAGAAUUUACUACGUUAUAUCAAGCAAGUGCAAACACAGAUCCAUCUAGAAUGGAAGAACUCGCAGGAUUUGCCCGGACGGUAUCUCAGAAAUAUAAAUGAGGAUUUACAGGACAGGCUGAAUUGUGAUUUUGUUACUGCUGCUUACCAUCUGGUUGUCACCGGAGACUGUUUUGAGCCUCUUAAAGAAUUUCUGGUGGAUCAAGUUGGCGAAAGGGUUUUGAUAAACAGCGGUCGCGAACUUGUCCAAUUCGAUGCAUUUUCCAGGUGGCUGCGCUAUGAGAUUGACCUGCAGAGCACGGAUCCGUUAUCUGCAACAGCAGAGGAACUAAUGGAAAAGGCAGAUACGAUCAACCACGGGCACACAUUGAAUUAUCUGCAAGGGGGAUUAAUCCGAAGUGGGUUGCUUGAUUUUAUCCAGCCCACGAUGCAAGAGCCAAGUAAUGGCAGAUGGAGCACCACUGAUGCGGAUGGUCUGUUUUACGAGAAUUAUAAAAAGACAUUGCAGAAGCUGGCGAAGCGGAAACAGGGCGAAACUGUUGCCGCUCCCAUGUUAAGUGACCUUACUGCGCGAUUGAGUGUCCAGCUGCAGGGUGUAUUUAAGCGGAUCGCGGAAACACAGCGGAGAAGUAUCUUGGAAAGGCAUAUUCAAGACCUGGGGAUAGAUAUGGACCCGAACGCGGUCGAUUUGACAAUGAGCUACGAGAAUUACGAAGGCGUGCCUAAAGUGUCAAUUUUCUUGGCUGCAAGAGCCAAAAUGAGCACUCAUACAUUCUACCUCGAGCGGGUGGUUUUAACUACGGUCAACGGAGUGAGUUCAACGGAAGUGGUUCUUACUGCGAAAAUCAGUUUUCAAAAGGGCUCUAUCAUGGAUAUCAAGUUUGUGGAAGACGGCACGAUAAUGCUUCUCUGGUCCGAUGGAAACACUCCAGCUCUGAACCAUCUGAUUCAAAUCCCGUACAAACCUGAUGUUGAUCCUUCGUUUUCUCUAAACUACGUGAAAAGGGACCAUUCGGAUCAUCUAGCGUUGGAGGAACAGAUCAUUUACCUCGAUCUGUUGACCCCAUCAUCUCACCACGCAAGCUUUGUCAGGCAUACGUUCCCCCAACGAGAGAACAUGGAACCUUUACAUAUAGAAGUAAACGGUCGUCGUGGCAGGAGGGUUGUUUGUGUCCUCUACUCGGACAGGCAAUGGUAUUCAGUAUUCGAUAUCGAUAGCGUGGAUGAUAGGGAUGACGAGGAUGAAGAAGACAUAGACGAAGACGCUGGGAGUCGGCAGGGCGAUCAUGGCGAUGUUAGAGAACGCCAGGCUAUGUCCUAA